AUGGCAAUGAUCAAUGCAGAAUCCUUCUCGUCUUGCUCAGCAAACUUACGGCAGCUCAUACAACACACAAGUAUCUCAGAGCCAGCCUUCCGCGAAGUGGGCCACCAAAUAUACGACCACUUCGAACAAUCGCCCGAGCUCCCUUCGCAAUGGGCCCGGUGUGUCGCCGCCUACACAGGUAUUGCGGACGAUUCGCACACUGCCGCUACGAAACUUUCCGCGGUCAUCGACAUGUAUACCAUGCUUCAACCCGCAUUCGCCAAAGCACAGCCUGGGGACGUUAUCCACGAACUAACGACUUUCAAGAAGGCAUUAUCUGCUAUUGACAGUGAUAGCUUUGCGUCCAAGCUGGACGCCCUUAGCGGCGAUAUCGGGAACUUCUUGCGCCUCCCGGAGUUAGCGCACUUGGUGCAGCCACCGACUGGAGUGCCGGCACCCAACAGUUCGCUGCCUGGGUGGCUCGAAAUUGCUUCGGCCACGCUGCAGUCAGCUACACGCCGCGUGGCGGAGUAUGCAGACUGGCUAACGCUAGGCAUGAUCACAUGGCUGGGCCGCGUUCUCAUCGGCGGAGGAAGUGUCUUCGACGAAGGCCCCGAUUCCCAGCAGAAGGUGGUUGCGAACAUACAGUACCUCCUGCACGAGGUCAAGGCACAGAAGUCGCUGUAUGGCGUCAUCAAACAAAUUGAAGGCGAGCUCAUCGCCGAGUUUGAUCGGUACUCGGCAGCGCUCGAGCCUUUCCAGGGCAAGCGUGCAACCACAGAGAACACCGACGCCGCCGGACGCGUGCAUGCGGACGUCGCUGCACAUGCAGCCGAAUGGAAGAAACUCUCCCAUAUGCUUCUCAACGAGUACGCCAAAACCACUGGCAAACGUUCCUGA